UUUCAGCUCAUUUCGACGCGCACUUUCAAGCGGAGCGGUUCGUUCGUUUUGUCAGCGCUCGAUUCGACUUCGAUUCGAUUCGAAUCGCCUUCUCUCUCGCUUCGUGUGUCGCCCACCAAAUAUAAUACAACAAAAAAAAGUAAAAGAAAAAGAAUUCAAAUCAAAUACUACUCGAAACAAAAAAUCGAGCACACACUCGAAAAUUAUACAAAUCGUAAGGCAACUAAAAUAACAAGAAAACGGCAUGUGGCAACAAAGAGAUUUGUUCAAAUGAAAAAUUUAUAAGCACCAAAAAGUUGAGAAAUUUUUUAUAAACUAGGAGAAGAAUCUGUAUAUUUUCAUAAUACACAAAAUCCGAAAAAUACAAAAUACAAAAUACAAAAAGGUGUGUGAGUGUGUUUUUGAAGUGUUUGCAAUAAAUAAAUUGUAAAAUGUUUGAGCCCUAUGUGAAAAUCAAGAAAAAGCGAAGUGUGCAUGAAAUCUAUGAAAAUGAGAAUUUAGAGCAGCAGCAACAGCAACAGCAGCAGCAGCAGCAGCAACCUGCUACCAGCGAUAAUUGUUGCUGCGAGAACGGAGAGCCGCAGAAUGGGCCUGAAAUUGCAACUGCAACAGCAACAGCAAGUGCAACAUCUGUAGCAGCAACAUCUGCGGCAACAUCACCAGCAGCAACAGUCGCCACAGGAGCAGCGGCAAGCAGUAGCAGCAGCGGCAAUUGCAGUCGCCUGCAGCAAUUGAUAUCGACGCCACCAGUAUUAUUGCGCAGAUCGUCGCUGCAACAGCAACAACAGCAACAACACCACCCACAUACGCCAGCAGCAACAGCAACACCAUCGCAGCAGCAGCAACAGCAAGCUGCGCCUUCAGUUUUGCAACAGCAUUUGGGUCACCUGAAUUACGAAAGUGGAGCAACUGCAGCGGCAGCAACAGCAGCAGCAACCAGUAGAAGUGGCUCGGCAACACUGGCGCAGCAUUUGGCAACACCCAGCAACAUAUUGCAGGCGGCAUUCGGCAGCAGUAACUUGCAACACAUACUAACGCGUUCCGCCCCCUCGCCCUCGUCCAGUUCGAUUUCCUCCAACAACUGCAGCAGCGCCUGUGCUGGAAAUACGCACUACAACGGUGGAAAUAGUAGCAGCAACAGUAGCAACAGCAAUCACCACAGCAACAGCAUCAUUGCCAGCCGCCUGUUCGGAGCCGCCUCCUCUUCAUCAUCAUCAGCAUCCUCUUCAGUGGCUGCCUCAUCCUCUUCAUCAUCACACCAUCUGCAUAGCCAUCAUUCGGCGCUGACCAACUCCAUAACGAAUCGCAUCAAUCAGUCCAUCAGGCGGCAUCUGAACCAGCAGCAACAUCACCAUCCCCUCAGUGCAUCCUCAUCCUCCUCAUCCGCGUCCACAUCAUCGUCAUCUUCAUCAUCCUAUCAGCAAUCGUCGGUACAACAGCAACACUAUAAUUGCGCCCAUCCUGCACAGCAGCAACAGCAACACCACCAACAUCACCACAGCAACAGCAGCAGCAGCAGUAGCAGCAGCCAUCAUCAACACCACAGCAACAGCAGCCACACCAACAACAACAACAACAAUCAACAGCAACCACAACAAUCUCCUCUGUGCCUAGUAUUAUUAGUUAAAUGCCCCAAUUCUAAGGAAUUUUGUAACGCCGCCGCAAAUUUCUGUGAUAAAAGAUUGCCGGUGAACGAAUGUCAGGCAAGCCAAACAGCUAGAGUCACCUCGAACCUGCACGCAUCCAGUAGCACGAUGGCGGUCAGCCGUGUACCCUCGCCGCCCUUGCCGGAAGUUAAUACGCCCGUUGCCGAGAACUGGUGCUAUACGCAGGUCAAAGUUGUUAAAUUUAGUUAUAUGUGGACCAUAAAUAACUUUAGUUUUUGUCGGGAAGAAAUGGGUGAAGUACUCAAAUCGUCCACAUUCUCAGCCGGUGCUAAUGACAAACUGAAAUGGUGUUUACGGGUUAACCCCAAGGGUCUCGACGAGGAGAGCAAGGAUUACCUUUCAUUAUAUUUACUGUUAGUUUCGUGUAAUAAAUCAGAAGUCAGAGCCAAGUUCAAAUUUUCCAUACUGAAUGCCAAGCGUGAGGAAACCAAAGCCAUGGAAUCCCAAAGAGCUUACCGUUUUGUUCAGGGCAAAGAUUGGGGUUUCAAGAAGUUCAUCCGCCGUGAUUUCCUGCUGGACGAGGCCAAUGGCCUGUUGCCGGAGGACAAGCUGACCAUCUUCUGUGAGGUCAGUGUCGUGGCGGACAGCGUGAACAUCUCCGGACAAUCCAAUAUCGUACAGUUCAAAGUGCCGGAAUGCAAGCUGUCCGAGGAUCUCGGCAAUCUCUUUGACAACGAGAAGUUCAGCGACGUCACGCUCUCAGUGGGCGGUCGAGAGUUCCAGGCGCACAAGGCCAUAUUGGCAGCGCGCAGCGAUGUCUUUGCGGCCAUGUUUGAGCAUGAGAUGGAGGAGCGUAAGCUGAAUCGUGUCGCCAUAACCGAUGUGGAUCAUGAGGUUCUUAAAGAAAUGCUGCGAUUCAUAUACACGGGCAAGGCGCCCAAUUUAGAAAAAAUGGCUGAUGAUCUCCUAGCGGCUGCUGAUAAGUAUGCACUCGAAAAGCUGAAAGUGAUGUGCGAGGAGGCGCUGUGCGUCAAUCUCUCUGUAGAAACAGCAGCCGAAACACUAAUAUUAGCUGAUCUCCACAGUGCGGAUCAAUUGAAAGCACAAACGAUAGAUUUCAUAAAUACUCAUGCCACCGAUGUGAUGGAAACCUCUGGCUGGCAAAAUAUGAUCACAACACAUUCACAUUUGAUAGCGGAGGCAUUUCGUGCGCUCGCAACACAACAAAUCCCACCAAUUGGACCACCAAGGAAACGCGUGAAAAUGAGCUGAAACAACAAUGCAACAACAACAAAAACAACAACCAUACCAACAGCAGCAACAAUAAUUACAGCAACAGCAAAUCGUACACCAGCAACAAUCAACAACCAGAAACAACAAGAGCAACCACAACAACAACAACAACAACAACCCAAAACCAACAAUCGAUUCAACAACAAAAGUGAAAACCACAACAAAUGCAGCAGGCAUGUUAAAUAUUUGAUCGAUCGAUUGACGGCCAACCUCAAGAAUACAUACGGCAACAAUACUACAAACAAUAUAAUAAAUUAUAACAAAUUCAGAAAGUUAAUAAUGCAAAUGCAUAAGCAGAAGCAGCAGCAGCAGCAACAGCAACAGCAGUACCGUUUAUUGUUUCGAUUUCAAGUAAUUUAAUUCACUUUGAUAAAAACACUUGAUUUUAAAUGUAUUUUAUUUGUUGAUUUAAUAUUACCUAUGAUUAAUAUGUUUACGAGUAAUAAUUAUGAAUUAAUUUUAAUUUUAAGUCCAAACACAACUUGAAACGUCAAAAAAAAAAAAACAGCAGCAAUUAAAGAAAACAAAACAAAAAAA